UACCCCUCCCUCCCUUCGGCUCUCAUUCUUGAGGACAUCCUCCUACCCUUAAAACCCUUGCCCUGCGGUCCCUUUAAAUCCUUCAUUGUCAGCCCUCCCGCGGCUGGCUUGCCCUGUCACUUUCGGGAUCGUUUCAAACCCAGCCCUGAAUGUACUCAUGCUCUCAAAAUUUUCCAAGAAUGUCGACCGAUCUGAUCUUCUCAGACAUCCACUCCCUGAACAGGAUCCAAGCCAUGGACAUUCUUGCCCAGAUCGCACGUGUCGAGAAAAAGAGUUUCCCUGCCAAUGAGGGCAUGACCUUUGGAGAGGAGCUUUGGCGCAAGAAGCCCAACACGAGGGUCCUGUAUGCCCACCUCCCAGGCGCAAAUCCCCCGCUGGUUCUGGCUUAUGCGGUCUACGUCCGCCAGAAAGGCAUUGCCCUGCUCCAUAAAGUCUGUGUAGCCGAGACUUAUCGCCGUCGGGGCGUAGGGCUCCAGCUGAUGGGCUACGUUCGCACUCGUCUGCAAAGGGAGGGUUGUCAGUAUAUCCAGUUAUGGGUGGACAAGGACAGAGCCCCAGCUAGAGCUUUGUACGCCCGCAGUGAUUAUGCAGAGCGCGAGGAAAUCCCAGAUUACUAUGGACCAGGCCGGACUGGCGUUAGAAUGGUCCUGGAUUUCUAGUCAAGUAGCCCUUGAGACCUUGACUUGUUGCUGCUACCCCUGUCACUCCUGUGGCAUCGCUUGUACAUGAGUAGGUCCCCUGGAUAAGGUUGUUUACUCGCGACGAGACCAAAAGGCACAAGCGCCAAUUGAUUCCUUCAGGCCAUCUGUCAAAUAGCUGCAAUUCUCCGAGUCAGGGUGUUGACGGUUCA